CACAGUGCUGCCCAUAGAUUGAACAAGAGUCAUUUGGAGAACAAAAGGAGAAAUUGUCAGGGACAGAGUCACUCAGGGACGGAGGGACAGAUAAAGCUAGCUACAUGUGCCUGGCUGGGGUACAGAGCAAAGACUAGAGAAAGAGAAGUGUCUGAAAACAGCUAUCUGAGGACGAGGUGAAUUGUUGGAGGAAGGGACAGGAGAGCAGAGCUAUUUCAAGAGUGAGGAGUAGAAGGGAACAUAAGAACCCACGGACUGUCUGAAGUAAACGAGGAAGGGUCCAGAGGCAGUGAGGAAAGGCCAGGACUGGGGCCAAGGCCAGGGCAGGCACGAUCGCUGAGGGGAUGAACUUCACAGUGGGUUUCAAGCCGCUGCUAGGGGAUGCACACAGCAUGGACAACCUGGAGAAGCAGCUCAUCUGCCCCAUCUGCCUGGAGAUGUUCUCCAAACCAGUGGUGAUCCUGCCCUGCCAGCACAACCUGUGUCGCAAGUGUGCCAACGACAUCUUCCAGGCCUCAAACCCUCUGUGGCAAUCCCGGGGCUCCACCACCGUGUCUUCGGGGGGCCGUUUCCGCUGCCCAUCUUGCAGGCAUGAGGUUGUCCUGGACAGACAUGGUGUCUAUGGCCUGCAGCGAAACCUGCUAGUGGAGAACAUCAUCGACAUUUACAAGCAGGAGUCUUCCCGGCCACUGCACUCCAAGGCUGAGCAGCACCUCAUGUGCGAGGAGCACGAAGAAGAGAAGAUCAACAUCUACUGCCUGAGCUGUGAAGUGCCCACCUGCUCUCUCUGUAAGGUCUUUGGCGCCCACAAGGACUGUGAGGUGGCCCCGUUGCCCACCAUUUACAAACGCCAGAAGAGCGAGCUCAGCGAUGGCAUCGCGAUGCUGGUGGCGGGCAAUGACCGUGUGCAAGCAGUGAUCACACAGAUGGAGGAAGUGUGCCAGACCAUCGAGGACAACAGCCGGAGGCAGAAGCAGUUGCUUAACCAGAGGUUCGAGGCCCUGUGCUCGGUGCUGGAGGAGCGCAAGGCUGAGCUGCUGCAGACGCUGGCCCGCGAGCAGGAGGAGAAGCUGCAGCGCGUCCGGGGCCUCAUCCGCCAGUAUGGAGACCACCUGGAAGCCUCCUCCAAGCUCGUGGAGUCCGCCAUCCAGUCCAUGGAGGAGCCACAGAUGGCGCUGUACCUGCAGCAGGCCAAGGAGCUGAUCAAUAAGGUCAGGGCAAUGUCGAAAGUGGAGCUGGCAGGACGGCCAGAGCCGGGCUACGAAAGCAUGGAGCAGUUCACCGUGAGCUUGGAGCACGUGGCCGAAAUGCUGAGGACCAUCGACUUCCAGCCGGGCGCUUCCGGGGAGGAAGAGGAUGAGGAGGUGGCAUUGGACGGGGAAGAGGGCAGCGCAGGGCCUGAGGAAGAGCGGCCGGAAGGCACAGGCGGGCACUGACCCGUCCCCUGUUGGAGAGCCCGCGCACCUGGGGCCUGGCGCUGGGGUCGCGGAGGACUUGCGCUGAGACCGCCGCGCCACCCAGCUCGGCGCCCCGCCGCGGGGGAGGGGCUCAAUAAAGGGCUAAUGCGUCCAGAA